CUAGAACUGCUGUUAGGAUUAUGAUAGGUCCCCGUACUAUAUCAAAAAAGUCAAUUAGGUCCUUGUACUAUUAUAUCAUUCAAUUAAAUCCUCCAACUAUUAAAAAAAGUCAAUUUGAUAUUUCAACCGGAAACAACCAGUAAAGAGGUUAACAUACCCAUGUGGCUGAUCCACGUGCCAGAUUUUAGUAUUUUACUACGUGUAGUACACUUUUUCAUUUUUUUCUUUCUUUCCACCUUCUCUUUUGUUGGCUCGGGCUGUACGUCUUCUUCCGCCAAAGCCCCAAGCCUGCAACAUCUUUUCUUUUUCUUCAAUCCACCCUAUCCAAUCAAGAGAUGCUUGUCAUUCCUCAUAUUAGGAAUUUCAGUGGGUACAGAAGAGGACAUUGGGCAGGGGCUGCUCCAAUGUCGAAGAGAAACAGGGGUAUGGGUGCUGCGAAAUCACCGGAAGUCUUGGGCCUUCUGCCACCGGAGGUACGUAGUUGAAGUUCUCCAACGAACCUGCAAGUUCACUGCCGAGUUUGUCUUAGUGAUCAUCCGCCGCCAUCCACCGACAGUCCGUCGUCCACAGAGAAAGGCAAUGGUCGGUGUUGUCAGUUGUGUGUUGGGUGGGUUUGCAGAAGAAAUGAGGGAAAGAGGGGUCAUGUGUCCAGUUGGUUUCUUGGCUGAAGAAGAAAGAUGGAGGUAGUAUUUAAUUACUAAUUUACUAUGUAUGUGUAAACCAACUGAACAAACUCGAUGAUAAACUUCAACAACCUUCGGUGGGAGAAGGUCCGAGAUAUCUGGCGAUUUCGCAGCAUCCAUACCUAGGUUUUCCGGUGACAUCGCAGAAGCCCCUGCCUCCACGCCGUCCUUUACAGCCCUCGCCCUCUUCUGCACUCACUGAAUUGAAGUUCUGAUAUGAGGAAUAGCUAGCUUCUCUGGAUUGGAUGGCGUGGAAUGAAGAAAAAGAAACAAUGUUGCUGGUUGGGGCUUGGGCGGAAGGGGGCCAGAGCCUGACGGCAGAGAACGGUAAAGAAAAGAAGAAAGUAAAAUAAAUGAAAAAUGUAAAAUAUGUCCACGUGGAUCGGCCUAACCUCUUUACCGGUUGAUUCCCGGUUGAAAUGCCAAAUUGAAUGUUUUUUUGAUAGUUGGGGGAUUUAAUUGAGUGAUUUAAUAGUAGGAGGACUCAAUUGACUUUUUUUGAUAUAGUACGGGGACCUAUUUGACAGUUUUCCCUAGAAUAUAUUAAGAGAUAUCUAAUUUAUUCUGGGUCAUUUCACACACACUUAAUCGUAUGCUAAGAGAUUAGUAACAGUUAAG